AUGAACGUUGUUAUUCUUGUGAAAUAUCUAUUUGCUACGUUUGCUCAUAAAAACAUUUCCAUAAGCAUUGCGAUGUUGAAUGGGGAUUUGAUUCAUAUAGAAAAUAUAAUUUAGCCCCAAAAAGUGAGAAAAGUAAAGACUUUAAUUUAGGCUAUUUAGCAAAAUUAACAUUAACAAAUUUGAAAUGUCCAUGUGGAAGCAACAUUGAAAAUGAAAAAAAUGCAGGAAUAUGUGCAGCAUGUGGAACUGCAACGUGUUCAACUGAAUGUCAUAAUAAAUAUGCAAAUGAAACAAAUUAAUGUACAUUUUAACAUAAUUUUACAAUUCCUUUAGAAAACUAAACUUUACGUUCAAUCUUAUUUAGAAAUAUAUAUUAUUUAUUCGAUAAUACAUAUGGGAAAGGUGUCCCUGUAGCAAAAACUUCUAGUUAUUUUAUAUAAGGAUAUUUAAGUGAUAAAAGAAACGAAGUCUAUUUAUAGAGAGGUUUUAGAAUAUAUGGAAAUCCUUCAGAUGAAACUUUAUAAAAUUUAGAAGUUUAUAAUAAGGUUAAUAUAGAUUAUAUUAAUAAUAAAGCACGAGUUUGUGUGUGCAAAUGUAAUAUUUGCACUUCAAGGAGUAUUCAUCCUAUUAAUAAUUGUAUGCCUAAAUGUUUAUCU